AUGCUGCAUCUUAGUGCUCUUUCCAAUGCCCAGAAGGUUCAGAUAAGGAACGCUUUUCUAUUGAUCGACAGUGACUCGAAAGAUUCCAAGAUCACUACUUCUGACUUGGUCAAUGUCCAUAAGACCUUGGGUGUACCGGUACCUUCAGAUAAGGAGCUAAAGGAGAUGCUUGGAGGUGACGAGCUGGUGAAUUUCACUCAGUUUUCUCAAAUCAUGGCUGAAGAGUUUUCUAAGGUUGACGAUAGAACUACGAUAUCUAAUGCGAUCAAGGUAUUCGCCAAAGACCCGCUGCAGACGCCUGUUCAGAUCGAUGCUGAUAAAUUGAAAGAGGCUUGUUGUUCGGUGCAAUUGGGAGAAAUUGGUUCUGGCGACCAUAGGCUUUCUCGGUCUGCGUUUGAUAAGCUCACCAAGGGCUUUGUUUCUGAACAGAUGGACGGCUCCAAGGUGUUUAUGGCUGAAAAGUGGCUCGAUGCGUACAUCGAGUAG